AUGAUACUGAUCGGUGGCAUGGCACAAACCAAGGCCUCUUGGGAGCAUCAGUUGCCUUACUUGAGCAAGAAUCGACAGGUGAUUGUCUACGAGUGCAUGGGGCAGGGCAAGAAUAAUAGUGAUAUUGAAGGGGAUGCUGACAAGAAUCAUCAAGAUGUCAGUCUAAAAGCCCAGGCUGAGAAACUGUUGGAGACCAUCCAGAACGAGAAUAAUGAGAUGAAAAUUCAGACUCCAGUCGAUUUGGUAGGUUUUUCGUUUGGGGCCCGAGUGGCCAUGGCGACAAUGACCCUUGCCAAUGAAAGUAGCGAGAAUAAUUCACCACCUUGCAGUAUUCGCAAGCUACACUUGACGGGUGUGGCCACAGAUCGAUCCGAUUAUGGACACUUGGCGGUACAAGCUUGGAAAGAAUGCUUGCAGCAAGAUCCUUCAUUGCGAUCCUUUGCUUGGUCGAUUUUGAUGGCAACUUAUUCGCCGUCAUUUCUUCGACGGCAACAAGAACGAUCAAUGCUGGGCCGAUAUGUGGAUCACAUUUCGACUCACAACUCAAGAGAUGGUUUGCUGGCACUAAUGGAACAAGCCGAAGUCAAUGAUCAUGAGGAUCCUUGGCAUGUUGCCAACAUGGCCGAACGUAUGCCGCAAUCAUGCGAGGGAAGAUUGUGCGUUGGGGAAUUGGACCAAAUGGCACCUGUUGAAUAUGCAAACGAGCUGUCCGAAAGGCUUGGUUGGGGCGCACCAACUGUCAUUCCAAGGUGUGCUCACGCCGUGGCGGUGGAGGGUGCGAGAGAUUGGAGGAAGAGUGUCCUAGAAUUUCUGAAUGGUGAUAGAAGUAGAUGA